GUAAACGAAUCACAGAUUCAUACCGGAAAAAGAAUUCAUUUGCACCGUAGUAAAGUUUGAUAAUCAAUUACAAUGAGCGUGAGCGCUCCAGGCAAUUAUCCAGAUAUCGUAAUCAACAAGCAUUACACAUGCAAUGUGGAGCAGAAGCUGUUACACUGUAGUCAUAAUUUAAAACAACCAUUCGAGGUACCAUUUUGUACCAUAUUAACUGGUUAAUCGGUCCAACAUGCUGCUCGUCUUAUUUUCCUUCUCACUAGUAGUUAUUUCCUUGCAAGGAAUACAAGUGGAUUUCGAACGAUUCGAACAGCACUCGGGUUUCAAUUUCUAUAACAGUUCGCUGCGGGUUCGUAAGUACAACCGAACCAUGAUAACACUCAAUGGAACAUUGCAAAUAGUAUCACAUCUCAGCAGAAACUUAACGAUAUCGACGGAUUUUUUCCACAGCAGUCGCGGUAAUCAACAGUUUAAUUACUAUCCGGUAAAGUUACCUACCCAGGACGUGUGUGAUUUUAUGAAAAACUUUUACGCCGAUUACAGUGAGUAUGUUGAGGAUAUGGUCAACAUGCCGGAGAAGGGCGAAUGUCCGAUCGUACCACGUACUAUUUACGUUACCAACAAAGUCUUCCCGGCCAAAGCGAUACCACCCUUUUUCCCACCAGGCUUGUGGAAGGUGCACCUAAUUAAUACGCUCAACAACGUCGAGGUGGUACGGUUCGAAAUAAUAGCCAAGGUGACAAACGAUUUCCUCUAAUGAACUGUUCGGCGCGUCCGAUAGGAGCAGAAUGAACCCAUUGUAAAGAAAAAGAGAAUUUAUUUAUUGUUCAAAUAUAUGCAGCUACACGUGUACUAAUAGCUAUUAGUACAACAACGCUAAGGCUUGUGUACUAAUCGAAGUUUAGUGUGUACUAACAGAGAAGAGUAGCUUUCCGAAGUAACUAAUGUUUUAUUGUACUAACACAUGGACGAGGAUGGUCUGUUAAUUGUGCUCUGGAGGGCGCAGAUUUCCUUGUCUAUUUCUAUCAAACACUUCCUUAUUUAUAAUUAAUAUUAAACAAAUUAACAAGCUUAUCAAGAUGUACGAUAACAUGGUAAAAUUAUAUUUACGUGAGCCAUUUUUAGGCAAAAACAAGUUAGAUAUGUGGUUAGAAAUGUUAACUCAUAGAUGAUCCAAAGUACAUUACAAUUACAAAUCCAAAAGUGUUCGUGUUCGUGUGUUUAUCAAAUAAACCACGAACGUAUCACGCUCGGACACACGUGAGACAUGAAUAUAUCAAUCUCGACGAAAUAGUCACGUUUAGAUUAUUACACGCAACUUGUACACUAAAUACAACUUUUUUUAAAUAAAUACAUUCCGCAAGUAACGUUUUCAAACACAUCGAUGCACCAGAGAUGGAAAAUAGGUGCUUCCGUCAAAGGUUAAAAAGUUUUAAUUCUGUCAAGGUGACGAAAUAUGAAACGGUCAGUGAUACGGUCAGUUAUAACAGUUAAAUUAAG